UACUACAUGUAUAUGUAUAUACAUACAUAUGUACAUAUAUGAUAAAAAUUUUGUAAUAAAAACCAACAAUAACAGCAGCAAAAGCCGUGAGCCUGCGAAAGCGCGAAGUAAAUUUAUUUUUGAAAUGUGUGAUUGUGUAGCAUGGCUAACAAAAAGAUGAAUGUACUACAUGCUAUUUACAUACAUUCAUACAAAAAAGAUAUAUACCAAAUAGUAGUACAUAUGAACGAGUGCAUGUGCGACGAGCAGCUAAACGAAUGGAUUUGUAAUCAGCUGUGGCAGCGAGAACAUAAUAAAUACAAUCAGUAACAUGAUAAAACCCACAGCAACAACAACAACAACGACAAAUAAACACAAAGUGGCAGCUGUGACAACGACGACAACAACGAAUAAAUGUUUAAAUAAAAUAAAAAGCAGCAACGCUAAAUGCGAAUGCAAUUCAUGCUAAAUAGGCGAAGGCAUUGUAACUCAUAGAACAACAAUAAUAAUAAUAAGUAUUCAAGAAAUAAUAUGAUAUAGGAAAAAGACACACACACAUACACAUGUACAUAAGUUAAAAAUAAUUAAAUAAAAAAUUGCGCAUGCAUAAAGCGCACAUGCACAAUAACAGCAAAAACAACGACAACAUAAAUUUCAUUAGUGAUAAUUGUUCAUAUAUGUAUGUAUUUGCACCUAAGUUAUAGAGCAAUAAAUUUCCGUGAUAACAGUGAUCGCAUGAAAAAAAAACAAACAAAAAAUGUUCAAAGACGAAAGAGUGAAUUUGAAAAUAUAUUGAAACUAUGAGUGAAAGUGAAACGAAAAUAGCGAAUGAAAAAUUUGCCUAAUCUUUUGCAUAUUGAAUACUUGUACAACGAUACAUUUAAUCAGCGAAGAGACGAUCUUAUAGCACACUACAUACAUAGUAGUUUCUACCCAUUGGAGCGUGCUGAGCGUGAAUUCCAGAACUUCUACAAGAAUGUACAGAAUGUUUACCAAGCACUUCCGCCGGAAAAUGAGGCACAGCGACACAGUGACCGCACUCAUCAUAUAUAUUUUAUUAGCGCUCAUACAAAAGAUAUCAGCUGCUGGUAACUUUGAAUUAGAAAUAUUAGAAAUUUCCAAUACAAAUAGUCACCUACUUACGGGCUAUUGCUGUGGUGUUCCUUUAGAAAUAAGAAGUACAAAAACAACGGGAUGUCCGCCCUGUUCCACCGCCUUUCGUCUAUGCCUCAAAGAGUACCAGAGUUCACCGCCCAGUUUAUCAAUGGGAUGUUCGUUUGGCAACAAGACGACAGCGAUAUUAGGUGGUUCUAGCUUUGUGCUGAGUGAGCCGGGGAUGAGUGCGAUUGUGUUACCAUUCACAUUUCGUUGGACGAAAUCGUUUACGCUGAUAUUGCAGGCGUUAGAUAUGUACAACACAUCGUACCCAGAUUCGGAGAGGUUAAUUGAAGAAACAGCAUUUUCGGGCGUGAUCCUCCCGUCACCCGAAUGGAAGACGCUGGAUCACAUUGGCAAGAAUGCUCGCAUUACAUAUCGGGUCAGAGUGCAAUGUGCCGUUACGUACUACAACACGACAUGUACGACUUUCUGUCGACCGCGCGACGAUCAAUUCGGUCACUACACCUGCGGUGCGGAGGGGCAGAAACUUUGCCUACCCGGUUGGCAGGGCGUAAAUUGUGAGGAAGCCAUUUGCCGGCCCGGCUGCGACCCCACACAUGGCAAGUGUGAACAGCCUGGCGGUUGCGAAUGUCGUCGCGGCUGGCGCGGUCCACUGUGCAACGAGUGUAUGGUGUAUCCUGGUUGCAAGCAUGGUUCGUGUAAUGGCAGCGCCUGGAAAUGCGUGUGCGAUACCAAUUGGGGAGGCAUACUCUGCGAUCAAGAUUUAAAUUACUGUGGCACUCAUGAACCCUGCAUGCAUGGCGGUACCUGUGAGAAUACCGCACCUGAUAAAUAUCGCUGCACUUGCGCCGAGGGUCUGUCCGGUGAACGUUGCGAAAUCGUGGAGCAUCCGUGUGCGACGCAGCCAUGCAAAAACGGUGGAACCUGCACGCUCAAA